CUGCAUGUCGCAAAAGACCUGUGCAUGUGUGGACCUGCUUGGGUCCACUGGACAUUCUAUGUUGAGCGGUAUUGCCUGCACCUCAAAACUGGUCUCCGUUCGAAACGGCACCCGUGGAGUGGUCUUUCCUGUGUUGUUUUAUACACUGCAUACCUUAGCCAACUC